GAGAGUUGUCUUCCCCCCAUUAUAAUGAUUCAGUAAACUAUUCUACAUAUUAUUUUAAAAGCGAAUUCAAUUUGAGGCCUCCGUGUUUGUUUCUGAGCCAUCUGAAGAUGAGACGGAAGGCAAGGUGGCGCGGGCAACGUGAUAGAAAAGGUGGACAGAUACCAUGCUGCGAACUGGGUCCUCGGUGGCGGCGGCUCCCAGCGUCGGCCACCUUGCUCGAUGAAGGCUCACUGAACGUGGGACUCUAGUCUUGAGAGAACUCGGAGGGAAGAUGCUCAAAUCGGCAAUGCUUAUCGUACCGGAUAGCUGAGCAUUCAUCAGGUCCCUUUAAAAAAACGAGUUCGUACUCUGUUCCAUCCUGUUUCCGGUAACCCGCAAUUGCCUGUCGCUGUUCGAGUGCUUCAUCUCACCCGUAACCACGACUACCUGGCACCGUGGAAAGUCAUGGGAGUCAAAAGUCUCGCGAGCGAGCUCCAGUCUUUGUUGUCAUUCUUCCACACACUGUAGACAGAUAAUCACAGUUUGUGAUGCUGCUGCUUCGACCUCCACAAUCUCACAAAAUUUCAAACAAGCCACCAAAAUGACCAACUCCAAGCACAUUCUCGCCCUUCUUCUCGCUACCCAAUCGUCUCAUGCCUUUACGCUGUCACUACUCUCCACCGACCGGCAUGUCCACGAUAGACCCACAUCCGUCCCUGUGAUGAUAUCAAGGGUUGAUCUACCAGGAGGCGAAACCAAUGAUGAUUCAGACUCUUCUGAGAUGCCAAUCAAGAAGUUUGCAUGGGACAAGGAUCCACCCAAGACGUCUUUGGCUGCCUUUGGGACGACUCAUACUGCAUCCCCUUUCAUUUUGAAUGCAAUCGAAAUAGCACAUUGGGCUCUCAUUGUCCCCGCGUUUAUGGGAUCUCUAGCCGUGAUGCAACACGUCGAUGUUUGGAUGAAUGUAUUGGGGGGCGACGCUCUCAGGGUCUCUCUGUUUUUGCUUGCACCCAUGAUGCAAUGGGUAGCAGGACUUCCUCCUAUCAUUCAUCACAUCUACGAGGAUUGGCAAGUUGCCCCUUCUGUAUUGCCGGAGCUAGAAGGAUACCACCCAACAGACUACGCUAAUGAGCGUCUGAGAUCCGUGGCCAACACCCUUUUGCUGACAGGCCAGGGGUGUGCUAGCCUCAUGCAGGCCCAUGCCUAUCAAGGAUCUCCACUACCUGCAUUGCUCAGUGCUUGCGUCCUGAUCUAUGCCAUCGUGGGAGACAAGAAUAACUUGAUGUCCAACCAUAUCUUGCACCUAUUCAACCACAACAAAGACAAUCCCAUGAACGUUACCAUAGUGCCAGCGCCCGUCUCCAGUGUGGUCUUUUUCAUGUACAGCCAAAUCACAGCGCUGGCACUCGCUCUGGGACCAUUGGCAGCUCGAGUCGACAGUGUCCCACUGAAGUUGGGUAUUGUUCUCCCUUUGGUCUUUUUCAUAAUUGGUGGAGUUUCAGAAGGAUGCAUCACCGAGGCAAAGUUUGAUCAGAGAGUACACCUCUUGGCUGUUGGUUCUUUUUUCUCCGCCUUUGCUGUCAAUGCCUGGACCAUGUCCCAAUUGGGGCAAUACCUUGCUUAGUUAGCUAACAGCGUAGCUGAUGAUAUCGAUAGAAACAUGGGCACGUAUACAGCGCAGUAGUUCAUCUGGGUUCAUCUGUCAAUCAACCUUCCUGGGUUGCUUUCGGGUCUAGCGUGCCUCUAUUGCCCACGAUCAGGCCAUCGCAUCUCCGUACCAACAUCAGUAGGGAUCCCAAGGCCGCGAUCCCUCGCUGCAGUUUGCAAGCAAGCUGUGCAACUGCCUCCAGCAGAGAACCAAUGUAGGUGUGGCACCGGUACGGUUGACAAUUGGUUUUGAUUCCAAUCUCCUGGAUCUCUCUCCUGCAUUGAAUGAACUCUAAUCCAAAGAGGCACAUGCGCACAUGCUGCAAAGCCUACGAUGUACCUUGCCAGCUUAGAUGCCCCAAGGUGGUGGUCAAACCUACUACCUUCACCGUAACCAAUGGCAGGACAGUCUCAAUGCAUGAGCUCUAUGCUUUCAUAGUGGUAGUAAAUCAGGCACUUUGUUUGAGAAGCCGUCGAA